AUAGUAACCAAGUUAAAAUGCGAGCAAGCUCAUCAUUUGGGUGUAAACGUAGAGACAUCCCGGACAGGACAAAGAAGUUGGGCCUGGGGCAUUUGCUGUUUCUCCUUGCUGUUGUUUCGUCAUGUGAAGGCUGUCCGGACAAAUGUCUGUGCGUCACGACAACUGUGAAAUGCCAAAACCAGGCAUUGCAGGCGAUUCCGCAACAUUUGCCAGCAAAUACGAAAUCACUGUUUGUUACAGGAAAUAACAUUUCCCGUCUCGGCGCGGAUUCCUUCCCAGCCCGCCUUGAAUGGUUAACAGACUUGUAUCUCGGUGGGAAUGAGAUCGAGUAUGUGGAUCCGAUGGUGUUCGAAAAUUUGCCAAACCUUGAACGGCUGGACUUAAGCAACAACAAACUUCAGAAAUUCAGUUCAAGAGCUUUCCCAGGGGACAAUAGAUUGCAAGUCUUCAACCUCAGCAGGGCAAUUCACAGCCAUUCCAAUACAGAUGUUGUCAGUGUCCUGCAAAAUGCAAACCUUCUCCAGCUUACAAGCGUGGACCUGUCAAACAAUGACCUUGUAGUUCUUCCAGAUGGCUUAUUCAUGGGCCUCUCCAACCUUACUAGUCUUAGCCUGCAGAAUAACUCUCUCAUCAUUAUUCAGAAUGGCAUACUGAAGGUACCACCACUGCAGGACCUUGACCUAAGGGACAAUAGUCUGAGGGAGCUGCCUAAUGCCACGCUGUUAGAUUUGAGCCUAAAGCCUGAUCUCCGCAUUCGUAUGGCAGAAAACCCCUGGCGCUGUGACUGCUCUAUUGAGGACCUGGUAGUGUGGCUGAAAAGCACAGAUCAGGUCACUGAUGUGCAGAACCUAACCUGUGUAGAACCAGAGAGCCUGAGCCACCUUUCUCUUCUGCUGGUUGAGCGGUCUCAACUUAAGUGCAACACCUCAGGGGACAUGAAAGGUGUGCUGGAGACCUCAUAUGUCUUCCUGGGGUUGGUGUUGGCCCUGAUUGGGGUCAUAUUCCUGCUGGUCCUCUACCUAAACAGAAAGGGGAUCAAGAGGUGGAUGUACAAUAUCCGUGACGCAUGCAGGGACCACAUGGAGGGUUACCAUUACAGGUAUGAGAUAAACUCUGACCCGCGAGUGGCAAACCUGAGCAUCAAUUCAGAUGUUUGAGCAAGGACAGGACAUUGUCUGGGACCCCCACAGUGAGACAAUUCAACUUUAUACAACUUAAGAUAUGCAUGAGUCUCCCUUCCUCCAACCCCAAUUCUUCCUUCAUUCUGCUAUUCAGAUUUUACAACAAUCAUGGCUCAUAAUGCCCGUCAUGACCUUCUCUAAGCCACUAGUGCAUGCCCCUGUAACUAGCAGCUGUAAUGUAAUUUUCUCUAUUUUUAAUGUACUUAAGCAUUGCAUGGACAAUGUAUAAUUGUACAGGGUUUUUGGAGGCUUUGAAAAUGUGAUUUAUACUAUUUCCGCCCCUUCCGAAAGGCUAAACAGAUGGACUACAUUUGACUUUUAAGUAGGAAGGCAAAGGAUAUCUGGCAAGAAUACAUUCUGCUGGCUCUUGCAUACUUCUCAUUAUGCCUCUACUGCAGAGAAAUGCUAUACUGCUUGUUAAUUGGUAAUUUUUUAAAAUGUGAUUUUGUGAUAGAGACCUACUUUGAAUGAUUAUGGUGAUUAUUAUGUUUUGCAUUUAUUGGGUGGAUAUGAUCCUUUUUUUUUUUCUCUUGAAGAUAUUUAGCAAAAUAAAAUACCUUGGACUGCU